AUGUCCUCCUUCCUCGAGAAUGCCUACAGCCUGGUCCACCAGGACAAUGCCGCCGAUGUUCCCUCCAUGUCCGAGCUGCGCACGCAGCUCGAAAAGGGCACCGACGAGAGCAAGGUCCAGACCAUGAAGUCCAUCCUCACAAUCAUGCUGAACGGCGAUCCAAUGCCUCAGCUGCUCAUGCACAUCAUCCGAUUCGUCAUGCCCUCCAAAUCCAAGCCGCUCAAGAAGCUGCUCUACUUCUACUACGAGAUCUGCCCCAAGCUCGAUGCUGGCGGCAAGCUCAAACAGGAGAUGAUCCUGGUCUGCAACGGCAUAAGAAACGACCUCCAGCACCCCAACGAGUACAUCCGCGGCAACACCUUGCGCUUCCUCUGCAAGCUUCGCGAACCCGAGCUGAUCGAGCCACUGCUGUCCUCUGCCCGAUCUUGCCUCGAGCACCGCCACGCAUACGUCCGCAAGAACGCCGUCUUCGCCGUAGCCUCCAUCUACCAGCACUCUCCGUCACUGAUACCCGACGCCUCCGACCUGAUCGCGACUUUCCUCGAGACCGAAAGUGACCCAACGUCCAAGCGGAAUGCAUUCGCCGCCCUUGUCAGCAUCGAUCACCAGAAGGCCCUGGCAUACUUGAGCUCCGUCUUCGAGGGCAUCCCCAACGCCGAGGAGCUCCUGCAGCUGGUCGAGCUCGAGUUCAUCCGCAAGGAUGCCGUACAGAACCCUCAGAACAAGGCGCGCUAUCUGCGGUUGAUAUUCGACCUGCUCGAGGCCGGUGCUUCGACGGUCGUCUACGAGGCUGCUUCGUCGCUGACCGCCUUGACGAGCAACCCUGUCGCCGUCAAGGCCGCCGCAGCCAAAUUCAUCGAGCUGAGCAUCAAGGAGGCAGACAACAAUGUGAAGCUGAUCGUACUCGAUCGGGUGGAUCAACUGCGGUUGAAGAACGAAGGGGUGCUGGACGACCUAAUCAUGGAGAUUUUGCGCGUUCUUUCGAGCCCCGACAUCGAUGUGCGCCGUAAGGCCCUGAGCAUCGCCCUGGAAAUGGUCUCGAGCAAGAACGUCGAAGAGGUUGUGCUCCUCCUCAAAAAGGAACUCUCAAAGACCGUGGAUCAGGAAUACGAGAAAAACACCGAAUACCGCCAGCUACUCAUUCACUCAAUACACCAGUGUGCCAUCAAGUUCUCUGAGGUCGCGGCCAGCGUUGUCGACUUGUUGAUGGAUUUCAUCGCGGACUUUAACAACACGUCUGCAGUGGAUGUUAUCAACUUCAUCAAGGAGGUCGUCGAGAAAUUUCCCAAGCUGCGGCCGGCCAUCGUCCACAGGCUGGUCGACACGCUUAGCGAGGUGCGCGCCGGCAAGGUGUACAGGGGAAUCCUGUGGAUCGUCGGCGAGUACUCCCUCGAGGAGAAGGACAUCAGAGACGCGUGGAAGCGGAUCAGGGCCAGUCUGGGGGAGAUCCCAAUCCUUGCCUCGGAACAGCGUCUUCUGGACAACGUCGACGGCGAGGAAGAGAAGGAGAAGGACCAGGUCAACGGCCACCACAAGCCCGCUGCGCCGACUGGAUCACGGAGGGUGCUUGCGGACGGAACGUACGCGACUGAAACGGCCCUGACCAGCCAGUCGUCCGCUGCUGCAAAGCUCGAGGCAGUCAAGGCAGCACAGAAGCCUCCACUGAGGCAGCUCAUUCUUGACGGCGAUUAUUACCUUGCGACGGUCCUUUCGGCAACUCUCACGAAGCUUGUCAUGAGGCAUUCCGAGAUCUCAUCAGAACACGCCCGGACCAAUGCUCUGCGCGCAGAGGCGAUGCUGAUUCUCAUCUCCAUUAUCCGGGUUGGCCAGUCCCAAUUCGUCAAGGCACCCAUCGACGAGGACUCCGUUGACCGAAUCAUGUCAUGCGUACGGUCUCUGGCGGAGUUCCGUGAGCACAAGGAGUUGGAGACGGUGUAUCUGGACGACACGAGGAAAGCCUUCCGUGCCAUGGUACAGGUCGAGGAGAAGAAGCGGGCCGCCAAGGAGGCAGUCGAGAAGGCAAAGACAGCAGUACAGGUCGACGAUGUCGUAGCCAUCCGCCAACUAAGCAAGAAGAACAUGGGAGACGGAUCGGACGACGUCGAGAUCGACCUUGAGCGCGCCACCGGUGGCGACAGCACCGCGACGGAGGACCUCAGCUCCAAGCUGAGCAGAGUUGUACAGCUCACUGGCUUCUCGGAUCCUGUGUACGCCGAAGCCUACGUGAAAGUCCAUCAGUUCGACAUUGUUCUGGACGUGCUUCUUGUCAACCAGACCACAGAGACUCUGCAGAACCUGUCUGUCGAGUUCGCGACCCUCGGAGAUCUCAAGGUUGUAGAACGGCCGACGACACAAAACCUGGGCCCCCAUGACUUCCACAACGUGCAAUGCACGAUCAAGGUGUCGUCGACUGACACAGGCGUCAUUUUCGGAAACGUCGUGUACGAUGGCGCCCACAGCACAGAUACGAAUGUAGUAAUCCUCAACGAUCUGCAUGUAGACAUAAUGGAUUACAUCCAGCCGGCGAGCUGCACCGAGACACAGUUCCGCACGAUGUGGACGGAGUUCGAGUGGGAGAACAAGGUCAACAUCAACAGCAAGGCCAAGACUCUGCGCGAGUUCUUAGACCAGUUGAUGGCGGCGACCAACAUGAACUGUCUCACUCCAGAGGCGAGUCUGAAGGGCGACUGCCAGUUCCUGAGCGCCAAUCUCUAUGCAAGGAGCGUGUUCGGCGAGGAUGCUCUGGCGAAUCUGAGCAUCGAGAAAGAAGGCGAGGACGGUCCUAUCACAGGUUUCGUCCGGAUACGGAGUCGCAGUCAGGGUCUGGCGCUCAGCUUGGGCAGUCUAAAGGGCUUAAACAAAAUUGGAACGUCCGCCUGA